AUGGGGACUCUUGUGCACAAAAUGAUUGCUCUGUCUGUGUUUCUGUAUCUGAUCUCUACCAUUCAGGUCGAGUCGGCACAUGUGCCUGAGGAGUGGAACAGUCUGCUCCAGCGGACCAAACGCUCGCUGCUGUGGCGCUGGAACACCCUGAAGCCUGUAGGCGCCAGCUGCAGGGAGCACUCCGAGUGUGGCACAAAAUACUGCAGGAAAAAUAUCUGUUCCUUCUGGGCAUUCUCCCCCUGA